AUGAACCGGCAGCUAGUGAACAUUUUGACAGCCUUGUUUGCAUUUUUCUUAGAGACAAACCACUUCAGGACGGCUUUCUGCAAAGACCAUGACUCCAGGUCUGGAAAACAACCUUCGCAGACCCUAUCGCCUUCAGAUUUCUUGGACAAAUUAAUGGGAAGGACAUCAGGAUAUGAUGCAAGAAUCAGGCCAAAUUUUAAAGGUCCUCCAGUAAACGUUACUUGCAAUAUUUUUAUCAACAGUUUUGGAUCGGUCACAGAAACCACCAUGGACUACCGAGUGAACAUUUUUCUGAGACAACAGUGGAAUGAUUCACGGCUGGCAUAUAGCGAGUACCCUGAUGAUUCCCUGGACUUGGACCCAUCCAUGCUGGACUCCAUUUGGAAACCAGAUUUAUUUUUUGCCAAUGAGAAGGGUGCCAACUUCCAUGAUGUCACCACUGACAACAAAUUGCUUCGAAUUUCAAAAAAUGGCAAAGUACUCUACAGUAUCAGACUCACCUUGACCUUAUCCUGUCCCAUGGACUUGAAGAAUUUUCCAAUGGAUGUCCAGACUUGUACAAUGCAGCUGGAGAGUUUUGGGUAUACAAUGAAUGACCUGAUAUUUGAGUGGUUAAGCGAUGGUCCAGUUCAAGUUGCUGAAGGACUGACCCUGCCUCAGUUUAUUUUGAAAGAAGAGAAGGAACUUGGCUAUUGCACAAAGCACUAUAACACUGGAAAGUUUACCUGCAUCGAGGUUAAGUUUCACCUGGAACGCCAGAUGGGAUACUAUUUGAUCCAGAUGUACAUCCCCAGUCUGUUGAUAGUCAUUUUGUCUUGGGUCUCCUUCUGGAUAAACAUGGAUGCAGCCCCUGCUAGGGUUGCACUGGGCAUCACCACCGUCCUAACGAUGACCACCCAGAGUUCAGGUUCUAGGGCAUCUCUGCCAAAGGUGUCCUACGUAAAGGCGAUUGACAUCUGGAUGGCAGUGUGCCUUCUGUUUGUGUUUGCUGCCUUACUGGAAUAUGCAGCAGUGAACUUUGUCUCCAGGCAACACAAGGAGUUCCUGCGGCUCCGGAGACGACAGAAGAGACAGAAUAAGGAAGAAGAUGUUACUCGUGAAAGUCGUUUUAAUUUCAGUGGUUAUGGGAUGGGUCACUGCCUCCAAGUGAAAGAUGGAACAGCUGUCAAGGCCACACCUGCCAACCCGCUCCCACAACCCCCAAAAGAUGCAGAUGCCAUCAAGAAGAAGUUUGUGGACCGGGCAAAAAGGAUUGACACGAUAUCUCGAGCUGCCUUUCCACUGGCCUUCCUUAUUUUCAACAUCUUUUACUGGAUCACAUACAAGAUCAUUCGGCAUGAAGAUGUCCACAAGAAAUAGAUCUGCCCUUCAGAC